AGCUGUAAUAACACGCCAAGAUAACUGACACGUGACGUGACCUGGCCAGGGUGCACCAGCCGCCACUAUGAGUGCCCUACAAAAGGGUUUCUACAGGUUAAAGCAGCAAGUAACAGAGACAGUGGACAAGACCACCAAUAAAACCGCCGCCCUCUCCUCGGAACUUGUGGAGGUGGAGGAAAAUGUUCGCAAGAUUAAAAUAGUUUACACUGAUGCGCUGAAGCGAGCUCAGGAGUCGCUGGUGAGAGGGCCCUCCUACCAACACUUCAAGAACGUAGCAGGAGCGGGGAAUGUGGAUGCUGAGAAGCGGAUGAGGAAGCAAACUACCUGGGCUCUAGGAAACACCCUGGUUGAGGGCAGCAAGGUCGUGGAGGAGGAACACUUCCUCUUCGACAUCCUCAAAUCUUGUGGUGAUACUUUGGUGCUAAUGGCGAAGCAAUCAGUAAGAUUUGAAUACGAUCUACACGAGCAAGUAAUCACCCCCAUGCAAACUAUCCUAUCAGAGAUAAAAGAGAUUGAGAUUUUAAAGAAGAAACUCUCCAAUGCUCGUCUAGACAUGGACAGUGCAAAUAACACGCUCGCAAAGCGCAAGUCUCACAAGGGCACAGAGGGGGAUGCUCAGUUGCUAAGCAACGCUGAGAACGCUACAAACCAGUUCCAGAUGGCACAGGACACCUACAUAACCGCUCUCUUGAGCUUCUCAUCUAAAGAACUGGACCACAUAAAACCUCUGCAGUGUCUGCUGACUUGCCAACAGAGAAUGUAUAACGAUGUCAGCAAGAUAUUAAAUGCUAAACUGCCAGGACUUCAAGAUAACAUCGAGAAAUCAGUCAACACUCCUGUAUUUGGGUCCGACUUGGAUAAGCACCUUGAAACUACUGGCAAGCAAAUAGCCUCAGUCUUACACAGAUGCUGCAACUCUCUGCUGAAGUCUGGAAUUGAGCAGCCGGGUAUUUUCCGGCUUGCAGGAGGAUUGCCGCAACUCCGCAAACUUAAAGCCAUGUUUGAUUCUAACCGUAUGGAGGAGGAGGAUUGGGAAAAUGAUGUGUUUACCCUGGCUCAGGCCAUUAAGCUGUACCUCAGGGAACUACCUGAACCGCUUCUCACUUUUACCAUGUUUGAACAGUGGAUCGCCUGCAUUGGAAACCCCAAUAUUUCAAGUAGAGUUCCCAGAUGUCGUGAUCUCGUGCAAAAGCUUCCCAACUCUUUCCAGGUCAACUUACAGUAUCUUAUAUGGUUUCUGAGCCAAGUGGCUGGUAAGGAGCCAGAGAAUAAGAUGGGAGCCAGCAAUCUGGGUCUGGUACUGGGGCCUAAUGUGCUGCGUACUAAGAACGAGGACGACAGUGACAGUAUCACAGCGUUGAAUGCUUCCUCCAGCUUGGUGGAGUUAAUGAUAAAGAACUACGUUACAAUAUUCCCCGACCCACUACCUGCUGACUCUACUCGCAUGUCUCUCCCUCGCUCUAUGACUAUUUCUGGUGCUAUCAACUCCUCUCGACCCUCUGUAAGGACUCAUAAGAAAGGCAAGGCACCUACCCCUAAACGACCUAACAAUGCCCCUGCUCCUCCCCCCAGGAUGGACCUCAAUAAAAGUGAUUCUGUUCCUGUUUUGUCGCCCUCUACUCCCGCUAAACCUGUACAAGCUUCAACUGAAUGUAACCCAUUCGGCGACAGUGAUGAUGACUCCGAGAAGACGCCAGACCCUCCAAAACGACACAUUGAGGGUAAAUCACUGGAACUGGAUGUAAGCAUACCGGUCCCCUCCGCUCAAGCAGACGACUCAAACCCUUUUAAUUCCCCUACUCCUGACGAGACUAACAUUACGUUAGAGCAAAAUAUUAAAGAAACGAGGCAGGGAAAAGAAGUGGAGGAGGAUCUAAAUCCAUUCGGAGACUCUGACUCUGAAGAGGUUGUCUCCACUCCGGCCUCACCCGCUCCUCCUAAACCUCCGGUUAAGAGACCUCAACCUCCUAGUCCUCCUAGUAAGCCUGUACUACCACCCUCUAGACCCUUUAAAUCUGAUGAUGUUGUUAAUAUUGAGAAUACCGCCUCUCCCACCUUUUCCAGAUCUAAUGUGGCUACUCCAACUCCAACGCAUUCGCGAAAUGCGUCAAAUACUUCAGUAAAUAGUGAUACGGCUAAGAAACAUAGUCAAAAUCCCUCGGACUCUGUGCACAAACCAGCGCCACCGCCCCGUCCCAGCCUCGAGCAAUGAGUGUAGCAGUACACUAUCUUUUUCUUAUGAGUGGAAUUACUCUUGAUAUUGUUUUGUUGAUGUAAAUAUAGCAAUUGCCCAGUGAUACAUAGAGAUGUGACGGUAUUUCUAAGUCUGGAAUGCGGGAGAUAUCAGACUACACACUUUGCCUAAACCUAUCAGUGAUGGCUCCUAUUUUGGGACUAAAACGUUUUUAAUCUUUGGGUGAAAAUAAAAGGGUAAAAUACGAUUUUAAACGAUGUGGAAAUUGUUUUGUGUUAUUUUACUCGUUUUUAAACAAUGUACAAUCAUUCUUGAUGCGAUGUUAAUCUUGGAAUGUAAUAAUUACGAUAAUAAUAUGAUGGAUUGAAAUUCGUAUUAGAUUUUUGUAGCAAGAUCGAAUUUUGUAUGUUUGUUAAUACUUUAGUAAGUUAGUAAGCCAGGAUGUGGCUCUAGAAUCUAGCUUCUGGGGGAGGAGGCGCUUCUGGCCAUCUCUCCGCUUAGAGCACUGUUUAUUGGUCUCGUUUAUUUUGCUGUUAGUUUUUUAGAUGUUAGGAAUGCAUUGAAACUCCAAAUGUUAUGAUAACAUUCUAAUUUUAACCACACGCUCAUCUUUAUUUCAGUUGAUAAUGAUAAUAGGGAUUGAAUGCUGAGUUAAGCAGGAUAUGGUAAUUAUUUUUGCAGGAAUUGAUUUUCUAUCUUUAAACUUGUAGCCAGAUAAUCGUAGAUAAUGCAACCACAUGAAGUUCGCAGAGAGUCGAGGGCUUGCAUUUUCUCCAAGUUUUGAUGUAAUCUAAUUAAGACGUCACUUUUUGCUCUUUUCGAUGUGUUAUGUUCAAUUAACUUUGAUAAUUUUACGAUAUAACAUGCAA